ACCCAAAUACAGAUGAAGAUGAAGAUGAAGAUGGCUUGUCUCCUGCUUUUCUUUCUAUUUGCAUUUCCUGUCUCACAUUCUUCUCCUUUUUCUUAUUCUGAUAAAGAUGCUCUUUUGGCUUUUAAAAGUUCUCUCUCUCCUGACUCUCACAAAGUUUUACAUGAUUGGUCUUCCGAUUCUUCUCUUUGCAAUUGGACUGGUGUCUCUUGUUCUUCUCGUCAUCAACGUGUGGUUUCAUUGAAUCUCACAGGUAUGUCUUUAGUGGGCACCAUCUCUCCUUUUCUUGGAAAUCUCUCUUUUCUUAGAGUACUUGCUCUUUGGAAUAAUAGCUUCUAUGGCCAAGUUCCAACUCAGCUGGGAAGGUUAUUUCGUCUUCGAAUACUUAGAUUAUCUAAAAAUGAACUAGAAGGCUUCAUUCCCUCUACUUUGGCUGACUGUCGUUCUUUACAACGUCUCAUUCUAUCCUUCAACAAUUUGAGUGGGAACAUUCCCUCUGAGCUAGGCCUUCUUUCCCAUUUAGAAAUCCUUGCUUUAGGAAGAAAUCAACUAACAGGCAAAAUCUCACCUUCUUUAAGAAACCUGUCUUCUUUAACGGUCUUGGAUUUAACAGGCAAUAGACUUUAUGGUGGUAUUCCUAUUGAAUUGGGUAUGCUUGUUCAACUCAAAGAACUUUGUUUGGGUGAAAACAACUUGUUAGGAGUUAUUCCCACUACCCUUUCCAAUUCCACUCAUCUCCAGGUUUUGAAGUUAUAUGCUAAUGAAUUAAGUGGCCACAUUCCUUGGAAGCUUGGCAAUUUAUCAGAGUUACGAAAAUUUCUUUCAUGGGGAAACCAUCUCAUUGGAGAAAUCCCCACCUCCCUUUCCAAUUGUACUCAACUUCAACAUCUUGAUCUAGAUUAUAACCAACUACAUGACACAAUACCAUUGGAGUUUGGAAAAUUGCUCCAACUUCAACGGGUUUCGAUAAUGGCAAAUAAUCUCACGAGCAAAAACAACGAGUUGUCUUUUCUAACAGGCUUGACUAACUGCUCCUCCUUACAAGAAAUAGACUUGUCUCAUAAUUAUCUGACUGGGAUUUUGCCUUCUUCUAUUAGCCAACUAUCAAGCCAACUAUACCUAUUGAGUUUGAACUACAAUAAAAUUGGGGGAAACAUACCAAAUGGCAUUGGCAACCUCACAAAGCUGGAAACCUUAGAUUUAUCUGACAAUCAUUUCAAUGGGACCAUUCCAUCCACUCUUGGCCAACUUCUAAAUCUUGAAAGAUUGUAUUUAGACAGAAAUAAUUUAUGUGGAGGAAUACCAACAAGUUUAGAUGAUGCAACAAGGCUUGGAUUGCUAUCAUUGAGUGAAAACAUUAUUUCAGGUCAAAUUCCAGAUGCUCUUGACAAUCUUUCACAACUAAGAUAUCUUAUUCUUCAUCACAAUCAACUUUCAGGGAAAGUGCCUGCUAGUUUAGGGAGAUGUGUCAAUUUGUUAGCGGUGGACUUAUCUUACAAUAAACUAGAAGGAAACAUACCUCUUGAAUGGACAAGUCUUGUGAAUCUUCAAUUUUAUUUCAAUGUUUCUAGCAAUUUAUUACAAGGUUCUAUUUUAGUAAUGAAUAAAAUGGCAAUGGUCCAAGCUAUAGAUAUUUCUCUCAACAACUUUUCAGGUGAAAUUCCAGAAGCAUUAUCAAUUUGCACAAACUUGCAAUAUUUGAAUCUUUCAUGGAAUUCAUUUUACAGCUCAAUACCAACAUCACUCACAAAUCUAAAAAAUCUUGAAACUAUUGAUCUCUCAAGAAAUAAUUUGUCUGGUACAAUCCCACUGGCUUUCCAAGAAAUGAAAAUGCUUAAACAUAUUAAUCUAUCUUCAAACAAAUUAAUAGGAGAGGUUCCAAAGGAAGAAUUUUUUGCAAUGAUUGAUGAGUUAGAUGUUUCAGGAAACGUUGGCCUUUGUGGAGAGUGGAUUAAUUUGCCACCAUGCUUGGAUUCCAAGCACAAACAAUUCUCAACCUUCAAAAAGGUGAUAAUACCAAUUAUUAUUGGCAUUGCAAUCUUUAUUAUGUCUUCUAUACUACUUCUAAUUUUCUAUAGAAGGGGACAUAUUGAUCAGAAUGCCCUUGGCUUCAACAUUGGGCCUAAAAAAAUUUCAUAUGAAGAACUUGUAGAUGCAACUAGUGGGUUUAGCCAAACUAAUCAGCUAGGGCUUGGUAGUUUUGGAUCUGUUUAUAAAGGGGUUCUCAACAAUAGUAUACAUAUUGUUGUUAAAGUUUUCAAUUUCCAAGAUGAAAAUGCAGUCCAAAGUUUUCAAAGAGAAUGCAAUGUGUUAAAAAGAGUCAGGCACCGCAAUGUAAUCAAAAUCAUUUCAGCUUAUUGUAACCCUAAUUUUAAAGCAUUGGUUCUUCCAUUCAUGUCAAAUGGAAGUUUGGAGAGGUGUCUAUAUCCUGAAGGAGGAGAAGAAUGUAAAUUAAGUUUGGCUGACCGAUUAAAAAUAGCAAAGGAGAUAGCACAAGGAAUGGAAUAUCUACACCAUUAUUGCUUUGUGCAAGUCAUUCAUUGUGACCUAAAACCUAAUAAUGUGUUGUUAGGUGAUGAUAUGACUCCAUAUAUAGCAGACUUUGGCAUUACAAGACUUUUUUUUGAGAAUUCAAUGAAUUCAGUGACUUCUGCAAGUGUACUAAAGGGAUCUAUUGGCUACUUUGCACCAGAAUAUGGAAUGGGUGGAAAAAUUUCAACAAAAGGAGAUGUAUAUAGCUAUGAAUUCUACUUUUAGAGUUGUUGACAAGGAAGAGACCAACAAAUAACAUUUUUGUAGAAGGGUUGAUUUGCACAAAAGAGGAUCCACGCCAACGCCCAACUAUGGUGGAGACUGUUCACAGAUUAGAAAAAAUAACAAGUGUAUUUCUUGGCAUUCCUAGAACUUUUCAUUUGCCCAUAGAUAUCUCACCCCAUAGAUAUCUCACCUUUUCUUGAGGGUACCAGUAAUCUGAGAAAUACUAAUGAAAGGAGCUCUCAAAGUUGGUCUACAUCUACAUCUUAGCUCUUCACUCAACUUAAUGACAGUUAUUAAUUAUCCUUUCUUUCUAUGGAAGGAAGAAUGUUCAAACUACUUCUACGAGGAGUGCAAAUUAUGACUUUCCAGUCUUAGGCAUCUCUGCACUCAUCAUAAGUCUCCAUCUUCAGCUGUUCAACGUUUGGUUGUGUUACAGCCUUUGGUUCAACAUUGUGGUUCUGUAUUUCAGUAUUUGGGGCAGUAUGGUGAUUCUAUUUGUUUUACUGUUAUCAAUUCCAA